AUGUUUGAAGCCGCUGUGCAGAAAUCCGGCUUUUCGAAAAUGGCUGGACCAGAGGAAAGGGGUGGCAGAGGUGCUGGUGGCAGAGGAGAAGCCCAAGCUCAAGGCCAACCCCGUGAUUCAGCCAUGGCGCCUGUGCAAUCAAGUGUUGGCCCAUCUAAGGAUGAGCCUAGAGUGUUUGGCCUUGACAAGUUCAAUGGUGACAACUUUGCUGAGUGGUCCUUCAGAAUGGAGAACAUAUUUGACCACUAUGACCUGCUGGAGGUAAUGGAAGGAACGGAGAAGCGUCCCGAGAACGACCCGGAGAAGAGCCCGUGGGUGCGGAAGAGCGCACAAAGCUACCUCCUACUUGGGCAAGCGUUGGGGAGCAGCCAAAUCCGUCACAUCAAGCCUUUCCAGCGUGAACCAGAGAAGGGACCAAAGGCAUGGGCUGCUUUCAAGGGUGUACACGCUCCUGCAACAGCGGCGGUAGCUGUGGUGUUGGAACGGCAAAUGGCGACACUACGAAUUGAAGAGGAUGAAGCGGUUGAAGAAGGGGUGCAGAAAUUCUUCGACUUGUUGACGCGGCUUGAGGGAGCGGAUUUGAACUAUAGUGAGCUCCAAAAGAAGACCAAGUUGCUGGCCCUACUCCCUGAGUCAUGGUCCUCGCUCAUCAUCAACCUUAAUCGCGACUUGCCCCGCCUCUCGCUUGAAGACGUGAAGCGAGCUAUCUUUCAAGAGGAUUUCCGCCGCCGUGAGUUGGCGAGUGCGGAUGGCGCUGGGGCAGCGAGCAUCGGCCGUGGAUAUGGUCGAGGAAGAGGUAGAGGACGAGGGAGAGGAAGGUUUGGUGGCAGCAACUUCGGCGGAGGCCGCGGGAGUGGCGGUUACGGCAGCGACGACAAGAGCUACGGACGCUGUCGCGGCCGAUUCGACGGCGAGUGUCACUAUUGCCACAAGAGCGGACACAUGUGGCGCGACUGCUACAAACUCCCUGAUGGUUGGACCCUUGCUCAAGGCGAAGAGGGUAGAGGAGCAGGAGGAGGGAGAGGAAGAGGCCGUGGAGGCCGUGGCGGUCGCGGUGGCGGAGCUGCAAACAUGAAGAGCGGAGACAACGACAAGGACCCGAGCAACGAUCGGUACCCGGGCCUAUUCUACUUCGUGUCGACGCAAGUACCCACUGGUCCAAAGAAGGAUGAAGGCUUUGAGGAGCCAGCAGCUGUGGGGAAGGUGACUCUACACCCUCUGGACUAUUGGGUGAUCGAUAGUGGCGCUACCUAUAGCAUGACACCUCGCCUGGACUUGCUCACCGAACUCGAACCGUCACCGGUGAAGCAUGUUACAUCAGCUUUGGGGCAGCGAGCGGAGGUGAAAUGCAUGGGCAAGGCCAUGUUUAAGGGUGCUGAUGGGAAGAUGGUGGGCCUCAAGAAUGUGCUUUGGGUGCCCAGCCUUGCUGCCAACCUGAUUUCCGUGCGGCGGUUGGCAAAGGCCGGCAUGGACACGAACUCAAAGGGAGCCAAGACCUACGCCGCAAGGCUUGGCGAUCGGAUUAUUUGGGACCUUCAUGAGGACAAAGAUGUCUACAACGAGAUGUGGCAGAUCCCUGUGGUCCCAAUGCCUAAGGAGAGGCAAGUGGCAGCAAGCGUCAGCACCAAAGGUGGAGCGGUUGGUAGCGGCGAUUGCGCGGACGGUCGCGCUAAGGAGAAGGAGUCCAAGAAGUGCAAUCUUGGAGGGACCAGCAAGCUUGGUGAACCUAUGGAGAGAGGUGCAGCAGCCAAGGAGCAGCAAAAGGGUGAGGAGAACCCCGAGGCAGCAGCGGAGUAG